AUGGGGGAUGAACUGAGGAAAUGCAAGAGUGAGAAAGUGAUGGAAGGAGGAGCGGAGAAAAAAGCCAUGGCGGAGGUCACCAAGGAAAGCUCCGGCAAGAAAAGAAAGCUUCAAUCUGAUUCCAGUCAGUUUGAAAACCAUGAAGUGAAUUUGGUGUCACCGGCGAUUUUUGAGACCUCCUACUGCUCCAAGGAUCAGAAGUCAAGCGGCUUCGUGAAAGAGAAUCUGAGUUCUUCAGAUCUGAAGACUGAAGGAUAUGAAACUGAAAUUUCUGUGCCCAUCAACAAUGUUUCCAGCGGAGAAACGUCGCCAACAAGAGAGAUCUACGGAGACUCGGAAAAAUCAUUAUUGGUGUUUUUGCCUCAGUCAAAGAAGAAGGAGCCAUCCUCUCCAACGAAUUCUCGCCAGAUAAUUUCAUCGGCGGAUGGUAAAAUGCCAUCGGCGAAGGAGCUGGAAGAGUUCUUUGCAGCAGAAGAAAAGUACCAGCAACAGCGUUUCGCCAAAAAGUACAACUAUGAUAUAGUAAAUGAUGUUCCAUUGGAAGGCAGGUACGAGUGGGUUCGUUUAAAGCCAUGA